AUGUCGUCGCCGGCGGCGACGACGCCGAGGCAGCGCCACGGGAGCAUGACGCUGGAGGACCUGCUGCGGCGGGAGCUGACGGCGGAGCUCGCCGACGCGACGGGGGCCGCGCGCCCGGUGCUGGCCGCGGGGCAGGCCGGGCGGGCCAGGAAGGGCGAGGACUACGCCAUGCUCAAGCAGGGCCUCGAGCGCCACCCGGGCGCAUCCUUCUCCGCCUUCGCCAUGUUCGACGGCCACAACGGGGGCGCCGCCGCGGUGUACGCCAAGGAGAACCUCCUCCGCAAUGUGCUCGGCUGCGUCCCCCAAGAUCUCACCAGGGACGAGUGGCUCGCCGCGCUGCCCAGGGCGCUCGUCGCGGGCUUCGUCAAGACCGACAAGGAUUUCCAGACCAGAGCGCACUCUUCAGGGACGACCGUGACGCUGGUCAUCAUCGACGGGUCCGUUGUGACCGCCGCGUCCGUCGGCGAUUCACGCUGCGUCCUUGAAGCCGACGGCUCGAUUUACUACCUGUCCGCGGACCACCGCUUCGAUGCUUGCGGAGAGGAAGUUGGACGCGUAACGGAGUGCGGAGGCGAAGUUGGAAGACUGAAUGUUAUUGGUGGAGCUGAGAUUGGGCCCCUUCGAUGUUGGCCAGGUGGUUUAUGCCUAUCAAGAUCAAUUGGUGAUCAGGAUGUAGGUGAAUUCAUCAUUGCUGUUCCUUUUGUGAAGCAGAUCAAGCUAUCUAGUGCUGGAGGUCGUCUUAUUAUUUCAAGUGACGGUGUUUGGGACGCCUUGACUGCGGAAAUGGCUUUUAAUUGCGCGCGAGGGCUUCCACCAGAGGCUGCAGCAGACCAGAUUGUCAAAGAAGCCGUAGAACCAAAAGGAUUAAGAGAUGAUACAACUUGUAUUGUUAUUGACAUGAUGCCGCCAGAAAAACCGAAAUCCACUAUACAUUCUCGAAAGAAGGCGCGGAAUGGCUUUAAUCUUAUCAAAAAUAUUUUCUUCAAGAAAAAAACAUCAGACUCAUUAUCUCAUGCUGAUACGGAACAAACUUCCGAGCCUGACUUGGUGGAGGAAGUCUUUGAGGAUGGAUGCCCGUCGCUCUUAAGAUGGCUAGACUCUGAGUAUCCAGUCCGAAAUAUGUUCAAGCUUUUUGUAUGCGCAAUUUGUCAAGUAGAGCUAGAGACUGGUCAGGGCAUAUCAAUACACGAGGGCUUGUCAAAGCCAGGAAAGCUGUCUCCCUGGGAUGGUCCGUUCCUUUGUCACAGUUGUCAGGAGAAGAAAGAAGCAAUGGAGGGAAAGCGUCCCUCACGAGAUUCCUCUUCCAGAAAUAGCGGGUCAAGCGAGUAGUAACCAAGGGUAUGAGUCAUCAUGAAGCAACCAUCUAACGAUAUGCCGAAAGACCUAUGCAUAGCUGACAUUUGGAAUUCUUGCAACGGUUGAUCUGUUAGAUGGAUUAUCAUCGAGUUAGGAUACAAAGUGAACUACUUUAUUAACUUGGCGGAGGUGCCAGUCUUGAAGAGCCUAUCACUACUGAAGUGAAAGAUACUUAUUACCCUGUCUGUUCACAUCAACAUCUUCAGUGGGCCUUCUAGCGGUGGCACAUAAACAGGCCAAAGGCCUGUUAAUUAAGAACGGCCAAACUCUUUUAUGGUCAACCAUCAUGUAAAUUAUCCAUCGCGUAGAGUGUGACACAUAGCCGCGUCAUUGUAUUUUUCAAGUAGGAUUAGUUGUGAGAUUCUUAAAUUCAUUUUUGGGCAGAUCUAAGUUAAGGCCACUUGGCUCGUUACCUGUAAGGAUCAUGCUUUAUUCAACACUGUAAUUAAAACUUAAGGAGAUUGUGACAGAAUGCAAACAUCUAUGAAUAUCCGUCAAGGCAGCCCCUUUAACA